CAGCCGCAACUGAAAGCAACAGCAGCAAAAACAACAACAACGGCAGCAGCAGCAAAUCACAAGCCGCAAGCAAAAGAAAAGCGACGCUCGCUCUGCCCAAUCAAAUUGCAAUCAAAAGAGACUCAAUCAGAAGCAAAUUAAGAAAAACGUAAAACCAAAAACAAAAUCAAAAUCAAAAACAAAAACAAAAACACAAAUGCGCGCACGCAGCAAACGCAACAAAAUGCACAACUGUCGACGCUUAGCAACACUGUCGACGUUCUACAACACUACCGGACGACAGCGCCACUUUUAUCAAGUCUAAGCGGCGCCGCAAACCUCCUAAGUGAUCAAACAUAAUCUCAAAUCGUAACAGUUUCUCAAAAUAUAGACUUCAAUUCUAAAACUCAACUUAACCUCAACUCUUAACUCGCACAUGCUGUAAAACUGUAUCUUAUAAAUACUUUGCCUAAUCGAGCAUAAACACUAAAAAACUAUAUCUAUGAAUAUUUGGCAACAAAAAAUCCUAAAACGACCAGCGGACGAUGUUGACAAUGGCGCCGAGAAUUAUGAACCGCCGCACAAGUUGCCCAAUAAUAACAACAAUAACAAUAAUAAUAACAAUAACAACAACAACAGCUCAAGCGGCGUUGGCGGCGGCUCAGAGAAUCUAACCAAGUUCUCCGUGGAGAUUGUGCAACAACUGGAGUUCACGACAUCGGCGGCCAAUUCGCAGCCGCAGCAGAUCAGCACCAAUGUCACAGUAAAGGCGCUGACCAACACCUCCGUCAAGAGCGAACCGGGCGUGGGCGGCGGGGGAGGAGGGGGCGCCGAUCAGCAGCAACAGCAGCACCAGCAACAUCAGCAGCAGCAGCAUCAGCAGCAACAUCAGCAACAUCAGCAGCAUCAGCAGCAACAGCAGCAUCAGCAGCAGCAGCAUCAGCAGCAGCAACACCAGCAACAGCAACAACAACAUCACCACCAGCAGCAGCAACAACAAGGCGGCGGUCUGGGUGGCCUCGGCAAUAAUGGGCGGGGCGGCGGGGGUCCUGGCGGCGGUGGCCACAUGGCCACAGGACCCGGCGGCGUUGGCGUUGGCAUGGGACCCAACAUGAUGUCCGCCCAGCAAAAGUCCGCCCUCGGCAAUUUGGCCAAUUUGGUCGAAUGCAAACGGGAGCCGGAUCAUGAUUUUCCGGACUUGGGCUCGCUGGACAAGGACGGCGCCAAUGGCCAGUUUCCCGGAUUUCCGGAUCUGCUGGGCGAUGACAACUCCGAGAACAAUGACACAUUCAAGGAUCUCAUCAACAAUCUGCACGACUUCAAUCCCAGUUUCCUUGACGGCUUCGACGAAAAGCCGCUGCUGGACAUCAAGACCGAGGAUGGCAUCAAAGUGGAGCCGCCCAAUGCCCAGGAUCUGAUCAACAGCCUGAAUGUAAAGUCCGAGACGGGUCUGGGCCAUGGCUUUGGCGGCUUCGGCGUUGGCCUCGGUCUCGAUCCGCAGUCCAUGAAAAUGCGUCCUGGCGUUGGCUUCCAGAACGGACCCAACGGCAAUGCCAAUGCUGGCAACGGCGGUCCCACAGCGGGCGGCGGCGGUGGCGGCAAUGGCCCCGGCGGACUCAUGUCCGAGCACUCGCUGGCCGCGCAGACGCUCAAGCAAAUGGCCGAGCAGCAUCAGCACAAGAGCGCCAUGGGCGGCAUGGGCGGCUUUCCACGUCCGCCGCACGGCAUGCAGCAGCAACAGCCGCAACAGCAACAGCAGGCGCCGCAGCAGCAGCAGCAGCAACAUGGCCAAAUGAUGGGCGGUCCGGGCCAAGGACAGCAGCAGCAGCAGCAGCAGCAGCCGCGCUACAAUGACUACGGCGGCGGUUUUCCCAAUGACUUCGCCAUGGGCCCGAAUCCCACGCAGCAGCAGCAGCAACACUUGCCGCCGCAGUUCCAUCAAAAGGCACCGGGCGGCGGGCCCGGCAUGAAUGUGCAGCAAAACUUUUUGGAUAUCAAACAGGAGCUCUUCUAUUCCUCACCAAACGAUUUCGAUCUCAAGCGUCUGCAGCAGCAGCAGGCCAUGCAGCAGCAGCAGCAGCAGCAGCAACAGCAGCAACAGCAGCAGCAACAUCAUGCACAGCAGCAACAGCAGCAUCCUAAUGGCCCCAAGAUGGGCGUACCCAUGGGCGGGGCUGGCAACUUUGCCAAGCAGCAGCAGCAACAGGUGCCUACGCCGCAGCAGCAGCAGCAGCAACAGCUGCAGCAACAACAACAACAAUACUCGCCAUUCAGCAAUCAAAACGCCAACGCCAACUUCCUCAACUGCCCGCCACGCGGCGGCCCUCAAGGCAACCAGGCGCCGGGCAAUAUGCCUCAGCAGCAGCAGCAGCCGCAACAGCAGCAGCAGCCGCCACGCGGCCCGCAGUCGAAUCCCAAUGCGGUGCCUGGCGGCAAUGCAGCCAAUGCAACGCAGCAGCAACAGCAGCAGCAGCAACAACAACAACAGCAGCAGCAGCAGCAGCAACAACAGCAGCAGCAGGCAACAACAACCACGCUGCAAAUGAAACAAACCCAGCAGCUGCACAUAAGUCAACAGGGCGGCGGCUCUCACGGCAUUCAGGUCUCCGCUGGGCAGCAUUUGCACCUGAGCAGCGACAUGAAGAGCAACGUUUCGGUUGCCGCGCAGCAGGGCGUCUUCUUCAGUCAGCAGCAGGCCGCGCAGCAACAACAGCAGCAGCAGCAACAACCAGGGAACGCUGGCCCCAAUCCUCAGCAGCAGCAGCAGCAGCCGCACGGCGGCAACGCGGGCGCUAAUGGGGGCGGUCCGAAUGGCCCGCAGCAGCAGCAACCAAAUCAAAACAUGAACAAUUCAAAUGUACCCUCCGACGGCUUCUCGCUCUCCCAAAGCCAAAGCAUGAACUUCACGCAGCAGCAGCAGCAACAGGCGGCGGCGGCAGCAGCAGCUGCUGCUGCGGCACAGCAGCAACAGGCAGCCGCCGCUCAGCAGCAGCAGCAGCAGCAGCAGGUGCCGCCCAAUAUGCGUCAGCGUCAAACGCAGGCGCAGGCAGCGGCAGCAGCAGCAGCGGCAGCAGCUGCACAGGCGCAGGCCGCGGCCAAUGCGAAUGGCGGACCCGGCGGCAAUGUGCCGCUGAUGCAGCAGCAGCAACAGACGCCGGGCGGCGUGCCGGUGGGCGCGGGCAGCGGCAAUGCCUCUGUCGGCGUGCCAGUCAGCGCCGGCGGACCCAACAAUGGUGCAAUGAAUCAACUGGGCGGACCCAUGGGCGGCAUGCCGGGCAUGCAAAUGGGCGGACCCGGCGGCGUACCCAUGAAUCCUAUGCAAAUGAAUCCGAAUGGCGGCGCGCCCAAUGCCCAGAUGAUGAUGGGCGGCAAUGGGGGAGGCCCGGUGCCGGCCGCCAGCCAGGCCAAGUUCCUGCAGCAGCAGCAAAUGAUGCGCGCCCAGGCCAUGCAGCAUCAGCAGCAGGUGCAACAGCACAUGGCUGGCGCACGUCCGCCGCCGCCGGAAUACAAUGCUACCAAGGCGCAGCUAAUGCAGGCCCAGAUGAUGCAGCAGACUGUAGGCGGUGGCGGUGGCGGAGGCGUUGGCGUGGGCGUGGGCGUGGGCGGCGGUGUUGGCGGCGGCGGUGGUGCCGGCCGCUUUCCAAACAGCGCAGCCCAGGCAGCGGCCAUGCGACGCAUGACACAGCAGCCGAUUCCACCAUCCGGGCCCAUGAUGCGGCCCCAGCAUGCUGCCAUGUACAUGCAGCAGCAUGGUGGUGCGGGCGGCGGGCCACGCGGCGGCAUGGGCGGCCCGUACGGUGGUGGCGGCGUCGGCGGCGCAGGCGGACCCAUGGGCGGCGGUGGUGGCGGCCAGCAGCAGCAGCAGCGGCCGCCCAAUGUGCAGGUCACGCCCGACGGCAUGCCCAUGGGCUCGCAGCAGGAAUGGCGCCACAUGAUGAUGACGCAGCAGCAGCAGCAGAUGGGCUUUGGACCAGGCGGACCCAUGCGUCAAGGACCCGGUGGAUUCAAUGGCGGUAACUUCAUGCCCAAUGGUGCGCCCAAUGCGCCGGGCAAUGGACCGAAUGGCGGCGGCGGUGGUGGCAUGAUGCCCGGCCCCAAUGGACCGCAGAUGCAGCUGACGCCCGCGCAAAUGCAGCAGCAGCUAAUGCGACAGCAGCAGCAGCAGCAACAUAUGGGACCCGGCGGUGGCGGCGGCGGCGGCGGCAACAUGCAGAUGCAGCAGCUGCUGCAGCAGCAACAGAACGCAGCAGCCGGCGGAGGUGGCGGCAUGAUGGCCACCCAGAUGCAGAUGACCAGCAUCCACAUGAGCCAGACCCAGCAGCAGCAGCAGCUCACCAUGCAGCAGCAACAAUUUGUCCAGAGCACCAGCACGACAACAACACACCAGCAGCAGCAACAGUUGCAGCUGCAGAUGCAGAGCCAGAGCGGAGGACCCGGCGGCAACGGGCCCAGCAACAAUAAUGGUGCAAACCAGGCGGGCGGUGUAGGCGUCGGUGUUGGUGUCGGUGUGGGCGUCGGCGUGGUCGGCAGCUCGGCAACCAUUGCCAGCGCCAGUUCGAUCAGCCAGACGAUCAACUCGGUGGUGGCCAACUCGAAUGAUUUGUGUCUCGAAUUUCUCGACAAUCUGCCCGACGGCAAUUUCUCCACGCAGGAUCUGAUCAACUCGCUGGACAACGACAACUUCAAUAUACAGGACAUUUUGCAGUAGAGCAGCGAGUAUCCCGAAAGGAUGCCCAGCCAGAGACGCCGCCGUCAUCACCACCACCACCAACACCACCCUAACCACCACCAAUUGUUGCCUGUUUUUGUUUGAAUAUUUUUUGUUGUUGCCUGUUGUUGUUAUUGCUUUCCUGCCCCAUGGCCCAUGUCCCAUACCCCAUUAACCUACACCCACAACCAACACCCCCGCCCCCCCCCUGUUUGUUAAUUGUGUGUAUUUAGAAGCUUAUUUCGUUUCGAUGUACUCUAAUUUGGGACUUUACUGUAUUAUUAGCCGCUAGAGCUGCCCGCUUUCUUUUGUAGGGGGCAGCAACGGUCCAAGGCGGGUGAGCGCUGGGGCGUGGCAGCGGCAGCGGCCAGUACGCAAACAUUCCAUACUCUACAAAUAUAUAUCUAUAUAUAUUUGUCUAUAUAUAUGCACAAACAAAAACAAUUCGAAAAAGUAUUUGAGAGCAGCCUCAGAAAUUUUUUAAAAAAUAGUAAAACGCACCUACACACACCCACAAACACACACACACACACACGCACACCCACUCGCAGAACUUAAGCACCUGUACUUAAUGUAAUUUGGCCACGCCCAGCGACCAAUUCGCCCGCCCUACAUUUCAUUUUACUUAAGCAAAAAGCGAAAAACAAAACAUAAAAAAAAAAAAA